AUGGAUCACACUCGCGACCCGUGUCCCUAUGUCAUUCUCAGUGAUUUCGGUGGUGCUUUUAGCAUGGGUGCCAUCGGUGGCGCAGUCUGGCACGGCGUGAAAGGGUUCCGAAACAGUCCGUACGGCGAACGAAGAAUAGGCGCUAUCACAGCUAUCAAGGCUCGCGCACCCGUUCUAGGCGGUAACUUCGGUGUCUGGGGUGGCUUGUUUUCGACAUUCGACUGCACGGUUAAGGGAAUAAGGAAGAAGGAGGAUCCAUAUAAUGCCAUUAUUGCCGGGUUCUUCACUGGUGGUGCGCUCGCCAUUCGUGGUGGAAUGAGAGCGGCACGAAACUCAGCCAUUAUGUGUGCUUGUUUCUUGGCCGUUAUUGAGGGUGUUGGUAUUGGAUUCCAGAGAAUGAUGGCCGAUAAUACCAGAUUAGACGCACCACCACCACCUAGCGGCUCACCAGACAAAAUGACUGCCUAA